AAGGGACUUUUAUAUCGCUCGGCCUCCUGCACAGAGUACUCGCAGCAAUGAUAGCAGCCAUUGUAAAUCACCGUUACCUGCUUGACGCCUGCCAUAAACAAACGAAAGGUAUCAUUUCGCUACGCGAAUGGAUGAGAAGUACUGUCUCACCAUCAUACGCUUCAGAUGCCUUAGACACCGCCGAGGACAUACAAGCCGCGUACCUGAAUCUGGAAAAUCAAGUUGAUUUUCUGAACACAGUACGUUCAAUAUUAUCUCUUUGGGUAAGCUCUUAUGAGAUCUUGAAUGAAAGUGAAAUAGAAGCAGGCGACCUCUCAUUCCGGUUGUUAUCCGGAGCCUUCCGUCGGAAAGUGAAGAACUCUAUACAAAGUGAUCAAGGAAGCCGCAUUGGAAAGAAUUAUUUUCCAGUUCUCCACGAUGAAGAAGCCCACCAAUCCUUAACUGAGAUGGACGCAUCUCACGAGGAGAAUGGGGAUAGCGAUAUACAGAAACAGAAGGGAACCAGCCGUAAGAGGAAAAGCCGUAGGGCAGCCAAUGUGCGCGUAGGGGACAAAGAUCUCAAGUGCAAGGCUUGUCAAGGCUAUCAUGACCUCCAGCAAUGCUUUUAUCUCUUUCCAAAGCGAGCAUAUGAAGGGUGGACUAAGAGAGAGAGUAUUAGGCGUAGAGUAAAUAAGAAUCUCGAACAAGACCAUUCACUUACUGAAGAGACGUGUGCUGCCACCUUUUACGUCGCCUUCACACUUGCGGUGGGAGCAGCGAUGUCGAUAACCAAAUAUCCCCUCAAGAACUCAGCAAUAUUAGACUCCGGUUCAACACUCUAUGUCUUUAACAAGAUAGCACGGUUUAUCAACUUUAGAAGAGCGCCGGAUAUAGAUGUUCUUUGGGCCGGUGAUUCUCCAGUCAAUAUAAUUGGAUACGGGGAUUUGCGGUUAUUCAACGUCGCAUACUGCCCCAGUUUUGCAACAAAUCUGGUAUUACUUCGACAGCUUCAGAAAAUGGACUAUUGGUGGGAUAAUCGUCCAUCAUAUAAUUGCCUCAGGAGAGCAGAUAAUACAAUAGUGGCUUACCUGAAAGAUCGAUAUGCGCAAUUCGUGUUGGAAGAUAUUCCUAAUGACCAUCCAAAUAUGCGUAUGGCAUUCUUUACUGCUAGAAAGCCGGUCAAAGCUGACGCCAUAAAAUGGCAUCUACGCUUGGGGCAUCCAGGUCCAGAGGCGAUGAGACAUCUUGUCAAUUUCCAUGAUUUUGAAACUAGUUCGAUAAAUGGCUUCAAAUGCCUCAUAUUAGUAACAGACCGUUAUUCAGGCCUUAUAUGGGAUUAUUAUCUCACGGACUGGAAACAAGAGACGAUUCUCAUGGCACUACAACACUUAUUCAACUACCUUGAUCGUCAAUAUAAGAUAAAACCAUUGAAAAUUAAGUGCGAUAAUGAGAUCUUGAAGCAGCCAAAGGUCAAAGACUGGUUGCACUCGCAGGAGCAUGUUGAUAUCAAGCCUUCGCCUCCCGACACACAAGCAUUAGACGGAGCGGCUGAACGCUCAGGGGGUGUAGUAAAGGAUAAGGCUCGUGCAAUGCGAGAUGCGGUAAAAUUACCAGCCGACCUAUCGCCUGAGAUUUAUCGAAUAGCGGUUUAUCUUCUGAAUCGAACGCCGAGAUACUAA